GGUAAAUUUGAAAAAAAAUCAUAGAAAGGGAUGAAAGAUUGAUUCUUCAUCGAAUACAAAAUUCUUGCACUUCAAACUGACAUUCGCGUAUUUUUAUUAAAUAACCCUACCUCUUCAUGUGGUCAACUUGCACAUGCGCACACCGGCCUCACCGUACACACAACUUGAUGAUUUUAUUUCAGUUUUCACUUCAACUCAGUGGGAGUAACACCGCAGUUUAGGUUAUGACCAAUUGCUUCCUCUAACAGUCAAACAAUCAAGGAUAAUCGAGGGCCAUUUUACGGUUAAUCAAGAUAAUAUAAAACAUCCAAGGGUUUUUUUCUCUCGUAUCCAAGUAUUUUCACUGGAAUCUUGUAGGGUAUGAAGUCAGUAAAAACGACGAAAAUCGAGAAAUUCGUUGGAUUGGAACAUGACCUCGAGACAUUUUUUUUGUGGUCCAUUUGUGGCGCUAAAUAGGAAUAAAUAUCCCAAACAAAAAUCGACAAUUGUGAAACUCCAGUAACUCUUCUCAACUGGCUGAAAGGACUGAUGCAGUGCAACCGAGAUAUAUCAUAACAAACAGUUGAGAUUGUGGUAUGAGUGGUGCUGUAUCCAUGUAUGAUGGAUUGGAACCAGAGACAGGGAGUAACAAUGCCACCCUGGCCCCAGGUGGUGCUACGAAGAAAUUGGCAAGAGGAAUUUCUCGUGCUACAGAGAAUGCUGCUAUCGUAUCGCAUGCUAGAACACAGCUGGCAGCAUUUGGCACUGUAGACACACCAGAGUUCACAUUUUCCUUGCCAGAUCUCUCUGUUUAUCCGGAUUCUUUUCGCCAAUUUCUGGAGAAAGAUCUGAUAGAGGGUGGCUGUCUGACGUCCCUGGAGAAUGCUGGAAGAUUAAAUUGGUGGUGUGGGGGUAGAAACAGUGGCACACGUGUACUUUGGCCACUGGCAACAACUGGGGAUGGAAAUUGUCUCCUCCACGCAGCCUCUUUGGGCAUGUGGGGCUUUCACGAUCGAUUGUUGACCCUGAGGGAUGCACUACACAAUACACUGUCAAAGGGCGAAUACAGAGAUGCACUCUUUAGAAGAUGGAGAUGGAGGCAGAAGGGUUUGAAUGCAGCGGCUGGGCUGUCGUACACGGAAACCGAGUGGUUAACAGAGUGGCAGAGCAUUGUUGAGAUGGCAUCAGCAAAUCCAAGGGGCCAGACUGCAACGUCUUAUCAGAGCCUCGAGGAGGUUCAUGUACUGGCAUUGGCGCAUGUACUGCGCAGACCAAUUAUUAUAAUUGCUGAAACAAUGCUGCGUGAUUCUGAAGGUGUGGCCUUGGCACCUAUUCCUUUUGGUGGUGUUUAUCUGCCGCUGGAAGUUGCACCAGAGAAAUGCCAUCGUACACCAUUACUACUUGCCUAUCAUUCGGCUCAUUUUUCUCCACUUGUAACUGUCGAUGGAGGCAAUGAUUUUGGCGAUGGAGCUGUUGAAGGGGUUAGCAUACCACUUGUUGAUCCAGACACUGGGCAACUGCUGCCUGUUUUAUUCGCUGUCGAUCCAGGUCUUGAGUGGGACUGGACUGUCAGCUCACAGCCAGAUCUCCUGCCUUGUCAGCAGGAUAUUAUGGAAACUUUGAUUAGAGAUUAUCUAGACUGUGAAUAUCAGACGUUGACCUCCGAGGAUUUGGAGAGGCUCUCAGAAACCGAUGGGUCAACCUCCAACAAGAGUAGAACAGCUAGACAACUGUUGGGUGUUGCCAAGCAAUUUGGAUCAAUUGGAAAGUCUGUGAGCAAAAGACUGUGGUCAAUGGCAAAGAGACCAAAGAGCCCACCAGCUUCAUCCACCGGUGCAAUAACUGAGGGUGUUCUGUGCGUCAGACUUAAAAGUCGACGUCACCAAUAUGUGGAUCAAAUGCUCCAGAAUUAUCUCCAGUGCGCUCACUCAAGAUACUUGGAGACACAUCAGAAUGACGCCUCGGGGACUGAAAUGAAUUACGGGGCGGGUAAAUCCAAGUUUUACGCUGCGAGUGAUAGUGGUAGUCACGCCAGUGUCAGUAAAUUGCAGCCAAAAAAUACAAGUAGAGAUCGUACCUUGUAUCUCUCUAGGUCAACGUUUUAUAAUAACGAAAUAACACCCGAGGACACUGAGACCCCAGAGCCAUGGCAAAAUGUUGAUGUACAUGAUGGUGUACCGCGUGAGUGUCGCAGUGAGCAUUGCCAAUUUUUUGGUUCACCAGAAAAUCAAUACUACUGUUCGCAGUGCUGGGCAAGUCGUAGACAACGAUGAUGAGUCUGUGUUAAUUCAUUAUUUCUCCUUCAUUGCCUCCAUGACAAUAACCCAAGUAUUUAUUUUGCCAACGUUAUUGAAUAAGUUUACCAAGCAAUUCAAGGCGGUUAAUGCAUGAUAAGAAGCAUAAAGAUGUAUUAAAAUUUUAAUGAGAUUCUCAGAGUUAAUUAAUUAUAACGAGUUGACAAUUGACGAUGAGUUCAGCAACGAAUUACGUUGCCUUUUCACGUUUGAGCUUCGAUGCUAUUUCAAGUGACUUUGCUUUAAUUCAUUAACCAUUUCGAUAGGAGAAUCUUUAGAUUAUUAGAGGAUAAUUAAUGGAACUCGACGUGUUCAAACUCUACGGACGUAACCCACUGAUAUUCAUAAACCAGAGAUAAAUAGAACGUAGAAUUAUUCGUUUGAUUAUCUAUUUUUAGUGGGAAUCGGUCUAAACCUCCAGUGGAAUUUCCAAUAUUGGAUGGAUAGACUGCUAAUCACUCUGAGUCUCGAAAAACAAUGGAAAUUAAUAUUACGAUUAAACACGUUGAUAUGUGCCUUGUUUUUUCGUAUAAAAAACAAUAUCGAAGACAAAAAAAAAAUACUCGAACGUCGAAAUGAUCCAAUCACAUAUUAUAUAUUUUUUUAAAAGCUCUCGCUGUGAAAAUUGACUUUUUUCACUCUAUCCAUCACUUUACACAUAUUUUUUUCCUUUUACUUUACGUCAAUUAUGACAUGGCCUCUGCCGAAUUAGUCUGACCCAUUUGUCGACCAUUAAUCUUCAAUCUAGGCGAUAAUUAGCGAUUAAUGAAUUGAUGAUAUCGAGUCUCAACGAAAGUGUUAUAUCGAUCAUUAAAUUUUGUGCUUGAAAUUAAAAAAUAUUCUGUCAACUUGUGUGAAUAAAAUAAGAGAAUAUUUUUUUAA